GCUUUCUGAAGUGAGUUCACGUCAGAAACGGUUUCCUGCUGUCUGGCGCAUCAUGGCCAGCCUUCAUCAAUUGACUAGCAGACGAAUUGACAGCAUGUCAAAAAGCUCAAGCGAAAAUGGUAUGGCCUCCUGGUGUUGUAUCCAUUUCUUUCUUUAGCUUCCCGUGACUCGUCUUCCCAAUUAAAAUACAACAUAGGGAAGGCAGUUACCUGGACGGUAUUGACUGAGAUGAAAUGAAGCAUAUUUUUCUAAGCUGGAGGGCGUUUUUAUACGGAGAGGAACACGACAGAAAUGAUUGGAGUUGCCCCGCGAACCCGGAUACGGAUUCUGCAGUGGAUGUUCGCGACAGACUUGUUAUGAUUUCUGUUUAGUGCUCGCAGGGUGUAGUACGUAGGCGAGCAGUACCACUGAGGUUUUCAAAAAUCCUAUCGAGUUUCAAUUUCUCAAGAAAGAGGAAGUCAGUGGUUUAUUGGUUGGCUUUUAAACGAAGCGCGUCAAUCUUUCAGAUACUAGGCAAGGCCCGUAAAGGUAGCAUUUAGUGAACGUUUUGUGUAGUAGCUAGGUAGUGCAAAUGCACAUGGUUGCUGAGUUCCGCGGAAAACAAGAGUGAUAUUGAGCGACUUGUUACGAACAAGGUGCGUGGCGGUUCUUUUUCGUUCUAGCUUCUGCCCCCAAGACCCUGCCAAAAGUUUCCGCGGGUUUUUCUCCACGGAUCUUAUCCAAAAAAGAAUGCUUUCCGAAAGUUUCCGAAAAAUUCUCGGAAAAAAGCAGAAACUUCCGGCGCGCUUUUUUUCUAAUGAGAUUUAUUGAAAAAGCUUGCGGAAACUUUCGGCGACCCACUUCAUGGGCCUCGCCUCUUGAAGCAGUGGGAGUUCUUUUUGCCAGCUCUGCCGUCUCCCUGUCAGUGCCUAGAGACCCCGGGGGAACUCGCCGAGCUGACGACGGACACCGCGCCCACGCGGUCCAUCGUGUGGCCCAAAACUCCUGGCCAUACAACUCGAGCCUGCCGGGCUGGCUGAUGCAAAAACACAGGGGGGCGCCGCCUGGGCAAAAUUGAGAGGCGCCAGGGCCAGGGGCUGGCGGCUUGGUGCUCGGGGGGUUCCUCUCCGCACCAGAAGCGCCGGCAGGUCUGUGCCCCCAGGGGGCCGCCCUCUCCAGAUCGGGGCGGUCCGUCUCUCGCUCUCCUCUCUCGCUCUUCUCUCUCGCUCUUCUCUCUCGCCCUCCUCUCUCGCUCUUCUCUCUCGCUCUUCUCUCUCGCUCUCCUCUCUCGCUCUCCUCUCUCGCUCUCUCCUCUCGGUCUUCUCUCUCUGUGUGUCUUUUUCCCCGCGUGUGUAAGGUAUGUCAGUGGCUGUUUGCUCAGCUGUGUCAUUGGCGUUUUUUGUAGAAUUCCAAGCCUUCUUCAUCGACUCGGCGCUUGCGGCACUAGUCCACCAAACAGACGGACGCCUGGUGACGAACGAAUUGGCCACGGCUGGCGGUGGCGCCCAUGAAGCCGUGGGAGGAGAGGCUGAUGGCAGUGCUGGAAGAGACGACCAGGAGACGAGGGCUAGGGUCGAGGCAGUAUUGACAUUGGCCAAAUUGUUGCACGCCGU